ACGUUAAAGUCUUAAUCAAUAAUUCAGCAUUUCAAGAAGGACUCUUGGAUGCACUACGACAAUACAACACUGAACAAUAUGUAACAGUAACUCUUCCAGAACAAGAAACUCAGAUCAUAUUAUCAAAUUAUGGAAAACUCGAAAACGACAGGUUUUUCGAUCCAAAAUCACAACAAUCUUUUAAAGUCGACCCUAUGGAUCAAACUGUUACUGAAGUCGAGCCUCAUACUUCAGAUGAGACAACGGAACCAUUAAG